GAUGAGAAAUAAACUGAAUGAACAACAAAGUAGCAAACUGAAGAAUCACAAGGAUAUGUUGAAGCAGCGAAAAGAUGAAAUUUCUAAAAUGGACAACAGAAUAUUGGAGUUGCAACAAAGACUGAAAAAGAAACGUGCCCAGCAGGCUGAACAACAGAAAAAACUGGCCAAUCAGCAGUCAGAUAACAAAUCGGGGAAUAAACCGACGCGGAACAAUGUGGCAGCUGUGGAACCUUACGUACAAAUUGUGCCAAAAGAUCAAUUAAAUGGAAAUGUAGAUCCAACUUUCCAUAAAGCAGAUCCUAAAUAUCAGUCGUUACCUGUGAGUUCAAAGUUUGUGAUGAAUUCUUCUGAUGAUACCUCCAAAAAACAGCUUAAAUCUGUUGAAAAUGUGCCUGAGCCUAAUAAUAAUACAGUGAUGAAGGGACCAGAGGAACUCAAGUCUAAAACCUUAACAGCAAAAGUUGAUCCAUCAAAAAGUGUGCCAAAAGAAAAUGGGUAUGCCCCAUCUGAACAUGUUCAUAAGGAGACAAGGCAAACGCCAUCACAACCCCAGUAUUCAACGUCAGGGCAGCAACAAGGUAAACACCCUCCGCCACCAAUCCCUGCUCGUGCAGGUACAACAAAUUUGACUUAUCUUACGGCAAGGCCGUUUGGGUCAACGUACAGUACCUCUGUGCUAAACAGGGGUCCAAGUGACCAACAGGGGGGUCCUACAAUCACAAUAGCGGAGGACAUACGUACUGGGGGCAGUGGACAAAGUUCACCUGCAUCAAGUGACAGUUCUCAAAAAGAAAACAGUGCUUACCCCUCUGACCAUCAAUCCACAAACCGUUCGGAGAAACAGACUCCUUUGCUUAAUGGGACAAACGGUUCUAAUACUAAUAACGGUGCUUCUACACGUCAUGGAGGGCCAAACAAACACCCGCCCCCCUACCCGGGGGGCUCUGUACCCCCAAAUAAACAACAAGGGGCACCUCCUCCCUACCCCCAUUCACAGCAAAAUGCACGUUCCUAUGAUCAAACAGAUUCCAUGAAGGACACCAACAGUAAUAAUGGGUCUGAUUCUUCUCUCAACAGUGAUUCAGGGAGCAGUUCUAAACAGCAGCCUAAAUACAAAUACGCCUCUAAAAAUGUGAUAGCCAACACAUACAUGGGUAAGCUGGGCCCUGAGGCCCUGAAAAAGUACCAGCAAAACAUCAACAUGAUGUAUACAAAUAUAUCCAAGAAAGAUGGUGCAAAAACAAAUAAGUCCAGUGAGGACAAAUCUCACACAAACACGAAUCAAAAACCACCAAACAGUGCUAACUCAUUAUCACCACCGUCAAGUUCAGCCUCCCAGUCACUGUCACCACCAGUGAGUUCCCCAAAGGGAGGUAAGCCUAGUUCACCUCCAACCUCUCCACAAUAUACAGACAUUGCUUCUGAUAAGGUCAGUCACAAUCGGCAUACACAUAAACAUGUAAACCUUCGCCGACGGCACUCUGACAGUGACAAUGAAGACAUCACAAAAUUACUUCACAAGUAUGUGGACCGCUACAAGAACCAGUCGGGGUACACAUCCCAGGAGACCGGGGAGGGACGUCACAUUGGAGGGUAUGACACUCAGGCCACGUCCUUCCAAGACCAAGUCCCUGAGGACGUCCCUGUAGAUGGAAUGGGUAACCUCAUUGACCUAUCAGACAAGGGCAAGCCAGCGGACGGCUCAGAUGGAAGUAAAACAUCUAGUCCUGCCAGUCUUCAGAUUGUCACAUCUGACCAACCAGUAAAGAAAAAGACAAACCUGAAAAACCGUAAUGCUAAAAAGUCAGGGAAUCGUGUGAGCUUUGAUCCUCUGGCCCUGCUGCUGGACUCCUCACUGGAGGGAGAACUGGAACUGGUCAAGCGCUGCGCCUCUCAGGUCCAUGAUGUGAGUGAGCCCAAUGAUGAGGGAAUCACGGCUCUACACAACGCCAUCUGUGCUGGACACUAUGAGAUCGUUAAAUUCCUUGUGGAGUUUGGCUGUGAUGUAAACUCACCUGACAGUGAUGGCUGGACUCCUCUUCAUUGUGCAGCCUCCUGUAACAACCUACCCAUGGUGAAGUUCUUGGUGGAGCAUGGUGCCUGUAUCUUCGCCACCACCAUCAGUGACCAGGAGACGGCUGCUGAGAAGUGUGAGGAGGAGGAGGAUGGCUUCGACGGCUGCUCCGAGUACCUAUACA